CUCCCACCCGUCUUCUCGCCGCUCAUUACUACGCCGCUUUUACCGCUCUGCACUUCUUGGCUCCUUACCACAUCCAUCCUGCGUCUUUGCACACAAUGAGCGCCGCACCCGAACAGCACAAAGCCAUCAGCGCCCCCAUCCAAGCAGUGGACGCCUCGCGCAUCCCUCCAGCAGGCCCCGUCGCGAUCCUUCCUUCUGAUCAUCCCAACUGCAAGCGCUAUACCUCCGACAUCCUCUCCGCCUUUCCCGAUCCCCCUCUCGCACCCCUGAGCAAGGAGACUCGCGGCGUCAUCUGGCUCGACAUCUCUGCCCACGCCAAGCUGGGCGAGGUACUCGACGCCAAUCCGCAGGUAGGGUGGGUCCAGCUCGUCCAGGCUGGAAUCAACCUGUACAAGGACGUGAUCCACAAGCACAACGACAAAGUCUGGACGAGCGCAAAGGGCUCCUUUGGCCAGCCCGUGGCCGAGCAUGCGCUUAUGAUGAUCCUCGGUCUACUCCGCAAGAUUCCGCAGCGUAUCCGCUCAACCAGCUGGGCCCCCGCUGCAGGCCUGUCCUUGUACAACCGCCGGGUCACCAUUGUCGGAGCAGGCGGAAUCACCCUCGCCCUCCUCUCGCAGAUCGCACCCUUCAGCCCACAUGUCACUGUUCUGCGUCGUCGCUCCGAUCCAUUGGAGGACGAAGUCAUCCCGCCCGGACUCAAGGGGCGCGUCGAGGUGGACACAUUCAAGCGCCUUCACGAGGUAUUGCCCAAAACGGAGGUGCUGGUCAUCGCUGCCGCCCUGACGCCAGGGACCAACGGAAUGAUCGGAGCCAGAGAGCUCGAAUUGCUCCCAUCCCACGCUGUGCUGGUCAACGUGGCUCGCGGCGAACAUGUACAGACAGACGCCAUCGUCGAGGCCUUGCGCAAGGGGAAGCUCGCCGGAGCAGGGCUAGACGUUACGGCUCCCGAGCCGCUCCCCGAGGGACAUCCUCUUUGGAACCUCGAAGUGGAGAGCGACACUGCUCUCGAGCAGAUCGACGAGGAGCUUCGACCCAGCGCACAGGAGAAGACAGGCGGCAGGAGGGCAAACGUGAUCAUCACGCCCCAUACGGCCGACACGCCAGCUAUGAUUCGUCCGCUGAUCGUCAACCGCUUUGUGGUUAAUCUCAAGGCGCUGCAGGAGGGCAAGGGGAAGUUUGAGGGAGUGGUGGACAACGAGCAUGCGUACUGAGGUGGCAAAGCGGUAGAGCUGCAGCUAAGAGGGGGUUGAUGAUGAUGAUACAUUGCACUCUAUAAUGCUCAAAGACACUCAAGCCCUAUUUCCGCCCUGCUGCUCGAACGUCUCUUCCUCGGAGUCGAGCACUUCUUCAUACUCCUCCGCAUCAUCUUCGUCGUCCUCGUUCUCCUCACCAGCCGCUCCCUCCUGCUCAGCCCCUUCCGUAAUGAUCCGUCGCAUCGCCUCACGCUCA